AUGCUAGACAAGGCGCCCCCUCAAAGCAAGCGCAUAGACGAAUCCAACGCGGCGGCCUCUUUGCUCUCGAUGGAAACAACCGCCAACAACCACCACUACGAGCCCCCCCGCCCACUGAUGGCAAACAGCAGCCAGGACGCAAGAGUGCGCACAGAGGACGACGGCGGCGACGAGACGAAUUCGCGCCAUCCUACCAUCUCCAGCGCCAGCAUCGAGUCUGUCAAGACUACAUACGAUGAAAACCCUCUGCUGUCCAUCAUGAAGUCGACGUGUGCGCCCAACAACACUCCCGUGCACACUCCGUCUGGCUCGCCGAGUCUGCAAGUCCAGGGCGGAAACGAUGCUAAAGACGGCGACAACUCCAAUGGAAAGGACGUUGCCGCUGCCGCUGCUAGCUUCCAAGUCCGUCGUAACAGCGACAACGCUCCCCACACUGCCGCCAGCCCGCAUGCGCCCUCCAAUACUCCCUCUGGAGUCAGCUCUUUGUGCAAUAGUCGGCCCAUGCAGCCCAACGUAUUACAGGUCUCUAACGCUGUCCAGCCGCGGCGUCACGCUAAUAACGACGUUGUCUUUCCUUAUUCCUCCUCUGCCUCCAAUAGCAACAAUCCUGCCUCUACUACUGUUGUCGGCGGCGCCAAAGAAAAAAUAAAUUUGCCGCCACCACCAGCCAUUUCUUCCCCCGUUACCACCGCUGUUGGCUCGGGCUCGGGCUCGGGCAUGCGUUCCCGCACAGGAUCACAGAAUUUGCCGCCCAUCAAUAGCGCCCACAAGGACGACGGCAAGAACACCAACUCGCCACUGUCGAUCCUUGGCAGGAAGAACAGCAGCAAUAGUAACAACGACGGCAAAUCAUUUCACGGCUCGGAGUCGAGAGGCUCCUCCAGCAAUAACGAGAACGGCGGCUUUUUGCGCGGCGAAACUAAGCGCGGCGGUAAUUCUCCAAAUGACUCUAAAGCUCAGCAUAGUGAUGCGGAUGAUCAGUAUGCCAUGGGCGUGGCUCCUCGAAACUUCUAUUUCAACAAGGAUAGGGAAAUCACCGAUCCGAAUGUAAAACUCGACGAGAAUGACUCUAAAGUCAACAUUUCGUUCUGGCUGAACUCAAAAUAUAGGGACGAAGCUUACUCUUUAAACGAAUCGACCUCCAACAACAUCAGUUCGAGCGCAGAUACGCCCGCUAAUUCUCGUCACACUAACAAUAGCUCUUCUGUGCCCAGCAGAAAUAAUUUUCAACAUUUCAGAUUCAACCAAAUUCCCUCCCAACCCCCGACAUCUGCAUCCUCAUUUACAAGCAAUAACAACAACAACAACAACAACAACAACAAUAACCAACGGAAUACCAUUAAUCGUGGGGAAGACCCGUUUGCCACUUCAUCAAGACCAUCCACCGGGUUCUUCUACGGUGAUUUACCAAACCGUAAUAACAAGAACAGCCCCUUCCAUCCAAAUGAGCCUUACGUCCCGCCACCUCCACCCAAAUACAUCAAUUCCAAGCUAGACGGGUUGAGAUCAAGAUUGCUACUUGGCCCAAAUUCUGCAUCUUCUUCUACUAAACUGGACGAUGACUUGGGUACUGCCGCAGCUGUGCUUUCGAACAUGAGAUCAUCUCCGUAUAGAAGUCACGAUAAACCCAUUUCGAACGUCAAUAAUAACAAUAAAAACACAAAUACACUCACUGUGCCAACUAGUAGGCCUCAUUCAUCAUCUUUCCCAUCCAAGGGGGUUCUAAGACCAAUACUAUUACGUAUUCAUAACUCCGAACAACAGCCAAUUUUCGAGAGCAAUAAUUCAACAGCCGUGUCUGAUGAAGACCAGGAUUUGUCACAUUAUUAUCUUCACCCCUCUCAAAAUUCAAAUUCUAAAAAAGUCCUAGACCCAACUUUUGAGUCAAGAGCCAGACAAGUUACUUGGAACAAAAAUGGUAAGCGAAUAGAUAGACGACUAUCAGCACCAGAACAGCAACAACAACUGGAAGAACCUGAUUUGAAAAGAUCAAGAAGAUCAGUUGGCAAUGGAAGAUCCACGAGCCAAAAUAAUAGUGAUUAUAACUCGCUUGGCGAAUCCCCAACUUCCUCUGCUCCUUCUUCUCCUUCUCUGAAAGCGUCGUCUUCAAGCUUGGCAUAUGGCCCAGAAUAUUCUAAUGCCGAUUCACCAGAUACCAGUAAAUCUAAAGGGAAGACGACCAAGGCAAAAUCCAAAUCAAAACAAUCCUCAAAAAAAAGAUCAAACAAUAACAGUUCCAAAUCAAAGGCAAACGACUCGCAAGAAAUGAACAACACCGCUUCCUCUGCAGCCGCUCAAGGUACAAGAUCUCGUACUGGUUGCUGGAUUUGUAGGUUAAGAAAAAAAAAAUGUACCGAAGAAAGACCCAACUGUUUCAAUUGUGAGAGAUUGAAACUGGACUGCCAUUAUGAUGCGUUCAAGCCGGAUUUCGUAUCCGAUCCAAAGAAGAAACAAAUGAAAUUAGAGGAGAUUAAGAAGAAAACAAAGGAAGCUAAAAGAAGAGCAAUGAAAAAAAAGUGA